AUGGACUCAGAAUAUGAAUAUUGUUUUGAUCCCAUUUUCUGCUGGUGGGAUUACGAAAACGCUCGUCUUCCCUCAGGCUACGAUCCGGUUUGGAGUUACCUUGCCAUUAAGACUGCACUACAGAGGUUGGGAUAUCAUGGUAAAUUGAGGGUGGAAAUGGUUGCUGUCAAGGAAUAUCUUCACCUUGAUACCAUUCAACGCCUGAAGCAACCUGGUCAAGACCUAGCUGUCAAGGAAGAUCUUGACCUUGAAACCAUUCAGCGUCUAAACCAAAUUCGUGAAGACUUAGCGCAAACGAGUAUCGCUUUUAUCCCUGCCGAUCAUACCGGAUCACAAGCAAGCGAUGACAAGAUUCGUGUUAGAAUUAAGUCUUGGGCAAAGACGUGUUCAGGACCUGCUGUAGCAGUUAUUAUAGCCUCAGAUACUGGCUACACAGAACAGAUAAGGCAGCUAAGAGGCAAGGGUUUCAUCACCGAAAAAGUAUUGUUUAAGAGUGUUAAAUGCAACCCUCGUUCAAAGGUAGAGGAGGAGCUAUGGAGCUCACUAACGCUUGGUUCGCCAAUGCUCAAUGAUAUGACGGUUGAAGGUAGGAUAGCUUGGGAGUACCAAGGUUGGAAGACUCUGAUCGAAAAGACAGAUAAUAGAGCCCGGUUCAACAUAGAACAAAUCCGCGAGGUUUAUGAUGCUUUCCUAUUUAACUUUCCACUGUGUAUUGACCACUGGGAAAAGUAUGCGUGUCACGAGGGACGGUUAACCAUACUGGAGAACCUGCUGAAUGUUUAUGAACGAGCAAAACACGAAGCCACAUACUCAGUGGAGCUGUGGAUGAAUUACUGCAGAUUCGCUGUGGACACAUUUGGAGAAGAUGCAAAGACUAUCAGAGUUAUUUUUUACCAAGCGUUGUCUUUCGUCGGUAAAGACUUCAAUUCUUCUGCAUUGUGGCAAGAUUUGAUUGAGUAUGAGAGGAACCUCGCCAAAUGCGAUUUUGACCGAUAUUGGCUCCCACUUAUUAAGAUUCACCUCAAGAUAUUGAAGAGUCCUCCUAUUAAAGAUCACAUUCAGUUUGCUUCCACAUUUCAAACACUAGCUUAUCAUAUGACUCAUGAGGCAUUUGAAGCAAACGCUCCUGCCUUUGAUGCUAGAGGAUUGAGCAUGGAGCAAUUCUUCUCCAGGGAAAAACAGCUGUUUCAAGGUAAGAAGGAGUUGAGGGCUACUAUAGAGCACUUUGAAAUGCAUAUUCAAAGGCUCUCUUUCGAUGUGUGCCCUCUCACUCAAGCAGAGCUGGUGCAUUGGCAUCAAUAUUUGGACUUCAUCGACAAUGAGCAAGACGUGGACAAGGUAUACAAGCUGUAUGAAAGAUGUUUAAUUGUCUGCGCAAACUACCCUGAAUACUGGAUUCGAUAUGUAUCAAGAAUGAAAGCGAGAGGAAAGAUGGACCGUGCUAACAACGCCCUUGCUCGAGCAACUCAAGUGUUUGUCAAGAGACACCCAGAAAUUCACUCUUUUGCCGCUCAAGUAAACGACCAUAACGUAAAUGAGCAGAAUGUUGUGGAUUUAGCUGAGCACUUCUUACGUCACCGGUGUCCUGUUCCCUCCGACGUUGAUGCUCGUCGUGUGGGUCCGUUUAUAAGACGGGCAUUGAAGAGUUUAGGUUACAACGGUAAUCUCACCAUCACCGCCAUUGGCAUACUAUCACAAGUCCCUAUUGACGUCCUUCGAGCCCUCUCUUCCACUGGGAUCAACCUUCAUCACGUCCCCACCAUGUAUAACAAAUCUAUUAUGACUAGUGUGUACAUGUGGAAGUCGGAUAAUUCGCCUCCGGCUAAUGUCAUGCUCAUAUCCCUUCAGAGGAUCUUCGGUCAGUUUAUUGCCGAUCUAUCGGAGAAAUACUACGUUCUUGGCUCAAAAGUUCCAUAUGAUCGUCAACUAGAGCCCACCGUCUUCGCUAGGCGUGCAGGGUGCUUCCUCUGGGAAAGCUUACUCGCGAGCUUACGUGCAGAGGCCAAGAAGGAGUGCAGUGGAACAACGGGUAAAACUACAUUUUAUUGCUCAGGAUGCUGUCUUGGUCUCUUAGGCUUUGAAAGUUUCACCAAGCAUAUCCUCAGUAAAGAACAUGCACUUGAAGAGUUGGAUUAUUACCCUGGAGGAGUUGAGGCUGGCAAUGAAUCUCGUGCUCGCAAGGAGGAUGCUGCUGCCAUUCUAGUAAGGCUACAAGGUUUUAGAGAGGCCAGAAGACUUGAAGAAGAAGAAGAAGAAGCCAAGUACAAAAAAGAAAGACUUGAAGAUCCUUAUUAUGAUGAAGAAUAUGACUAUGAAGCAGAAGCAGAGUAG